AUGUUGCUAGGACGUAGGCUAUUCGUCCUGCGACGUAUACAAAGCUUCUCCACAUCUUUGGCCACUCAUAAUCAGCCGUCUACGGAUCCGAUCUCGUCUACUCAAGCCAAUCAUGUCAUCUCCAAUAAACAGCUACUAUACACCACAGACCGUCUUACACCAGGUCUGAUCUUUUUCUUGCCUCAUGGUACCAGGAUAUUUAAUAAGCUUGUCAAUUUCAUGAAAAACCAACAAACCAAGUAUGGCUUCCAGGAAGUGAUAUCCCCUUUGAUCUACAAGAAUGAGCUCUGGAAGCAAUCCGGCCAUUGGGACAAUUAUAAGGAGGACAUGUUCAAAGUAGUCGGAAAUGAUCUUUCCAAGGAGGCGAUCGUGGAGGAAGGAUGUCGUGGGCAUGAAGAUCAGCAUGAAUAUGGUCUCAAGCCGAUGAAUUGUCCGGGCCAUUGCUUGAUAUUCUCAAAAUUCGAUAAAUCGUACAGUGAGCUUCCUGUCAGAUACUCUGACUUCCUGUCAUUACAUAGAAACGAGGCCAGUGGCGCAUUAUCUGGUCUAACUAGAGUACGAAGAUUCCAUCAAGACGAUGGCCACAUCUUCUGCACAUUGCAACAGAUUCAUAGUGAGAUUACAAACACUAUAAAUCUUAUCAAGGACACAUAUGGCGUCUUUGGCAUUGACUCUGCUGAAAUCGAGUUCUUCUUGAGUACCAGACCUGAAAAAUACAUAGGUGAGAUUGAAACCUGGGAUGAGGCUGAGAAUCAAUUGAGAGAUGUGUUGAAUGCCACAGCCGGUCAUGAUGGCUGGCAAAUUCGUGAGCAAGACGGUGCAUUCUACGGCCCAAAGAUUGACAUCUUACUAAAGGAUGCCUUUGACAAGAAGCUUCAAGUCGGUACCAUUCAAUUGGAUUUUCAACUUCCUUCUCGUUUUGCUCUUCAAUACACUGACAAGUCUGGUCAAAAGGAGCAGCCAAUUAUGAUUCAUAGGGCGGUUUUCGGCUCUCUAGAACGAUUCUUUGCAAUUUUGUUGGAUCAUUAUCAGGGAGCAUGGCCUUUCUGGCUUAAUCCUAGACAGGCCCUAAUAGUUCCGGUAUCUGAAAAGCAUGUUGAGGCAGCGAAAGACCUACAAAAACAGAUCUCUGGUGAUAUUGCAUUUAGUGACUCUGUUGCUCCAAUCACAGGCUAUAAUUUCUACGUUGAUAUUGAUUCUAGAGAUGAAAGUGUUGGUACAAGAAUCAAAGACGCUGUUCAAAAAAAGUAUUCCUAUAUCUUGAUGAUAGGUGACAAGGACAUAGAAAAAGGAACAGUGGCAGUAAGGACCAGAGAAAGCCGAAAGGUACUGAACAUGACACCCAAAGAGUUGAAAGAGCUUUUUGUUGCACUUGAGAGGAACUAUAAGUAA